AUGGCAGAUUUCUAUCAAUCCCCGUAUGCCCUAACCACCGGUCCGAUUUUCGCGAUCAUGGAACAUAUCAUCCAGCCUGACAUGACUUUGUCGAUGGCUAUUCACGAGCUAUUUUCUUUUGACAGCUUUGCUCAGAGAACUAACCACUUGGGAGUUCCAGCGGCUACGUUGGAUGGAAUUGUGGCGGGUCGGGUGGCCAACGGUGGGACGAACCACCUCCGCAAUCAUGACAGUGCCUUCGUUGGGCGGAUCCCAGUCCUAGACUUCGAGCUGCAGUUUCGAGAUCGAGAUGCUCUGGGUGAAAUGAUGCGGAACUCCCCCCCUCAGGACCAAUCAUUUUUCGAUUCAGGAACUCAGGGUAGACCCAGAGACAUUAUUUUAAUAAUCCAAGGAUCUCAGUAG